GACACCACUGCGAUUCCGUUGCGCGGUGACGUCACGCUCGCAGAAGAUGGCGUCCCUGCUGCAGCCCGAGCUAGUCGUGUACCUGGUGGACGGCGUGAAGAGGAUCAGGGCGCCGCUCUCGCAGCUCUACUUCUGCCGCCACUGCUACGAGCUCAGGUCGCUGGAAUGCGUCUCCCACGAGGUGGACUCUCAUUAUUGUCCGAGCUGUUUGGAAAACAUGCCUUCAGCUGAAGCCAAGCUAAAAAAGAACAGGUGCGCCAACUGCUCAGACUGCCCGUGCUGCUCGCACACGCUGUCCACACGUGCCACCAACAUUCCCGUGCCCAACGCGGAUGAUCCGGGAAAGAUGGUCAGCAAGAAAGCUUACUACCUGGCGUGUGGCUUCUGCCACUGGACCUCGCGCGAUGCUGCCAUGCCAGACAAGGCUGUUGCAAGCGGAGGUUGGCAGGAACCAGAAAACCCUCACGCACCAAGGAUUAACAAGCUGCUGGAGUAUUACCGACAUUUGGCUCAGAAGGAGAAGCUGGAGAGAGACCGCAAGAAGUUGGUGCGACGCCGCAACUAUCUUCCCCUUGCUUUCUCUAUGCAUUCUAUGCACAGUGUGGAAAAGUAUGGGUUGGCGGCAAAGCUGAAAAAACAAGGAAGCAUUAACCCUCAAUCAGGAAUAGCUGGGCUCAUGCUUAAGGAAGGAGACGACCAAAAGGAUAUAAAAAUUGAAGCGGCUGUUACUGUGGAGGAAAUCGAACCUUUGCCGGAAGAUUACUACACAGCGCCACUCAACCUUGUGGAUGUGACAACCCUGCCACAGCGUCUGAUGCAGCCAGAGUUUCAGCAGGACAGCACCUCUCAACUCCACCCUCGGCACAAGCACCUGCUUAUCAAGCGCUCCCUCCGUUGUCGGAAGUGUGAACACAACCUGAGCAAGCCAGAGUUCAACCCCACCUCCGUUAAGUUUAAAAUCCAGCUGGUGGCCAUGUUCUACGUGCCUGAAGUUCGCAUCAUGUCCUUACCCAAAUUGCGCUGUGGAAAGGAGAGCCAGGUGCUGCUGACGCUCACUAACCCCGUGGAGAACAUCACUCACGUCACCCUCCUGUCCUGCCCCGAGGGGGACAAGUGUGACCUGUUCAGCACCGCCAAGGCGACGCUUCCCCAGGGGGAGCUGGUGCUGUCCCCUCGCGACGCCGCUGCAGAGUACGAUGACCUCGCCGACCCGCAGGAUUUUAAAGACGACCCCGACGUGGUGGUGUUCCGCAAGGCCAACAAGCUGGGCCUGUUUGUGCGCGUCACGCCGCUGUUCGAGAGCGGCGACGUGCGCGUCGCCUUCAAGCUCCGCCACGACUUCCGCAACCCGGCGCCCACGCUGCUCAAGCCAGUGGAGGGCGAAGUGGAGCGCGCCAGUGAGCCCGUGUGGCUCACACACCACGUGGAGCUCAACCUGGGACCACUUGCUCAGCCGUGAUCCCUGUCGCGCCCAUCCCCGGAGCUGGACCAUGUGUUCCAGAAUCUUUGCCCAUGCGGCCGGCUUGCUUCCUCCGGCGACUUGGCAGUCGAGUUCGGAGCUCUUCUAGCACUGGUUAUAAAUGUUUGAGGAGUCUAGCAUCAGCAGCAGAUGCCUCCCCACCAACCUUGAAAAGUUGUGGUGACAAUUUGGUGCAAAAGCAGCUUUUGAGACGCACCUUGAUAAGUACGACACGAAUAGUUAUCCAGAAAGCAGCAUUGGUGAGCUGAGAGUCUCAUUUAGGCAAGGUGUUUUUAAAUCUUGCGGGGUUGGUCAAUCGAUUAUUUGACGAGUUUUCCUUGUUUGGAGUUUAUGGAGCAGCAUUUUGAAAGUGCAACACCUUGUUUUAAGUCAGCAGACCUUAGCAGAAUGACAAAUUUCUGUAAACAUUUAAUUAUAAUUGUUUAUUGUGGGCAAAGACAGCAUGGUGGAAUACCAUUUGUUUAGGUGUUAAACAGUGUAAUGUUUACCUAAUUUAUGUUGUGCAAAACAAAAUAGUUUUUUUUAAGUUUGGAUCAUGCACUUCAUUUGCAAUUUAUUAGCAUAUUAUGCGGUUCCUUUUACAUCCCUGUUUGCUAAUCGCUGCUAUAUACAGUGACUGUUGAAGAUAUUUUUUGUGACAAUGUACUAGAGUAGGCCAGCGCAUGCCUUGUCUUUCCCAAGUAAUGACAACUCAAAAUGACCCUCCUCAUGUUAACAAUUGCGAUCUAUAUUUCACCACAGUUAUGAUUUCUCUUCACAUAUUACACGGUUUAUAAACUUGUAAAUUAAGAAGAUAUUGCACCGACCUAGAACAUCCCGCGUUACACAUUUUGAUUAGCCAAUAAUUAUGCUGGGUAGUAAGCGGUGAAGAUCGGUUUCGAAGAGAACUGUAAAUGAUGGAAAAGCGAUGCAUUGUACCUUUGGUUAUUAUGCUGUAACUUUAAUAACGGAUCAAUGCUUGCUAUUAAAACUUCAACCACACCAUAAAUGCCCACAAAACAUAAGCUAUUUAAUGAGGCACUUAAUAACAUGCGUAAGCCUCUGAUUAUAUAUGAAGCAGCAGUACUAAAAUGUACUUAUGUAAAACAGUUGAAUGUAAAUGUCCCCAAUGGAUUGAGUUCACGCAAAAAGAAAGCAUAAUUUAGGCAUUAAAAUAAAGUUGAGCAUUAUGUAAGUGCGAGCACUGAGCAGUGUACACCAAAGCAUGGAUGCAGUGAGCUCAGUGCACAGCGGGACGUCAAUGCGGUUUUGUUUCAAAUGCAUAAUAAAAGCAUGCUCUCAACAGUU